UACAUAAAGGGGAGCCUUGUCACUUGUUCCCAUUCUCACUCACUCACUCAUCUUCAAACUCCAUUAUAUUCUCCCAACUCCCAAAAAAGGCCAAACAUUGAUAGAUCAAUGGCGCAAACAACACCUAAUCACACACAAACAGUUUCUGGUUGGGCAGCUCAUGAUUCUUCUGGCGAAAUCACACCUUUUACCUUCAAGAGGAGAGAAAAUGGUGAGAAUGAUGUGACCAUUGAGAUCUUGUAUUGUGGGAUGUGUCAUACGGAUAUUCAUCAUGUCAAGGACGAUUGGGGCAUUACUAUGUACCCUGUUGUGCCUGGGCAUGAAAUUACUGGGAUUAUAACAAAGGUGGGAGGCAAUGUGAGGAAAUUCAAGAUAGGAGACAGAGUAGGGGUAGGUUGCUUGGCAGCUACAUGUUUGAAGUGUGAGUAUUGUGAGGAGUCCCAAGAGAAUUAUUGUGACCAAGUCCAAUUCACUUACAAUGGCAUCUUUUGGGAUGGCAGCAUCACUUAUGGUGGCUACUCCAAAAUGCUUGUUGCUGAUAAUAGGUAUGUAGUACGUAUACCAGAUAACAUGGCAAUGGAUAGAGCAGCACCAUUAUUAUGUGCAGGAAUAACAGUUUAUACUCCUUUGAAAGACAAUAACUUGGUGGAUACAAAAGGUAAAAGAAUUGGAAUUAUUGGUCUUGGUGGACUUGGUCAUGUUGCUGUGAAAUUUGGGAAAGCAUUUGGACAUCAUGUUACUGUCAUCAGUACCUCUCCAUCCAAAGAACAAGAAGCUAAAAACAACUUAGGUGCUGAUGAUUUUAUAUUAAGCACUAAUCCCAAACAAAUGCAGGCAAAGAAAAGGACACUAGACUUCAUUUUGGAUACAGUAUCAGCCAAACACUCACUUGGGAAUUACUUGGAGCUGCUAAAAGUAAAUGGAACUUUAGUGAUUGUUGGAGCACCAGAUAAGCCUAUUGAUUUGCCUGCUUUCCCUAUGAUUUUUGGGAAGAGAACAGUGAAAGGAAGCAUGAUAGGAAGCAUAGAAGAGACACAAGAAAUGAUGGACUUAUGUGGGAAACAUAACAUCUUGAGUGAUAUUGAGAUUAUCACUACUGAUCAAAUUAAUGAAGGACUUGAUAGGCUUGUAAAGAAUGAUGUUAGGUACCGUUUCGUCAUUGACAUUGCUGGCCAAUCAUCUCAUCUUUAGGCAAUAUUGCUAUCAUUUUAAUUCUUAGCUAGCUGGGUUCUUGUUACUCAUUUUCUUAAGUUUCUUCCCCCUUUUUUUUUUUUUUUUU